AUGUUCCUGCUGUACAAGAAGGAAAAAUCUGUGAAAAUCAAGGAAGACUCUUCAAGCCAUCUGUACCACUCCGCUAUGGACUUGGCGAGAACUGCUCUUUCUGACAGGAGUACCCGCCCAAACCUGCCAACAGCAGAGUCCCUCCAGAGGAAGGCCAACCUGAAUCAAGACUAUCUGAACUGCGGGGACUACAUCAUAGUCGACCUGCGUGUUGACAGGGAACGGCACAUCCUCUUUUCCACACCAAGGCAACUGGAAAUACUACGGUCAACCAAGCGCUGGUUUAUGGACGGGACCUUUAAAAUUGUAGACAGACCAUUUCGCGGAGGGCAGCUGAUGUCAAUCCAUGGGUUCAUCCAAUUUGAUGGAAAGAUGAAACAGAUUCCACUCCUGUUCGCUCUCAUGUCUCGGCGGAAGAAAGAAGAUUAUGUGGCGGUACUGUGUGAGAUCAAAUCAAUUCUUGGGGCCUAUUCAGUGGAAGGUUUUGUGGUCGACUUCGAGGCAGGAUCCUGGGGAGCGAUAAGACAUGUCUUUCCAGGCGUUGAAAUUAAAGGGUGCGUGUUCCACUGGGCACAGUCUGUGCGGCGCCAUGUACAGGCAGUGGGGCUUGGUCCAGCCUAUAUGGAGCGCAAGGACCUGUGGGAUUAUGUUCGCAAGUUACUUGUGCUUCCAUUUGUGCCGUCUAGUCAGAUCGAACAUCUGUUCAGGAACCUCGCACAUCGUGCCAACACAGAACCUCUGAGGAAACUUGUCAAUUACAUUGACUCAACCUGGAUUUAG